AUGGAAACAGAGAAUGUGACAAAUGUCAGUGAAUUUCUUCUGCUUGGAUUUAUGUAUGAACCAAAUGUGGAGAUCAUCCUCUUCAUAGUUUUCCUUCUCAUUUACCUGGUGACAGUGCUGGGGAAUGCACUCAUCAUUGUACUCAUCUGCACUGAUCAUCGCCUUCACUCCCCUAUGUAUUUCUUCCUCAGCAACUUGUCCUUAAUCGAGAUACUCAUGACAACUUGUGUAGUGCCUAAAAUGUUAGCCAAUCUCCUGGCUGAAAGAAAAACUAUUUCAUUUGGUGGUUGCUUUGCUCAGUCAUACUUCUAUUUCUUCAUGGGUUCUACAGAGUUCAUCCUUUUUGCUGCGAUGUCCUUUGACCGCUACAUGGCCAUCUGCUACCCACUUAGGUACCCCACUCUCAUGACUGGGAAAGUUUGUGUCAAUAUGGUGAUUGGCUCUUGGAUCGGUGGGUUCUUGUCUGUGUUCUUGUCAACAGUGCUGAAAGUGAGGUUGCCUUACUGUGGACCUAAUGUCAUUAAUCACUACUUCUGUGACAGUGCCCCUUUGCUCCACCUCGCCUGCAUUGACAUCAGCUUUAUUGAGUUCAUAGAUUUCAUUGGGUCUUUGCUUCUACUGCUUGGCUCUCUCUCAUUCACUGCUAUCUCUUAUGUCUACAUAAUCAGUACCAUCCUCAAAAUCCCUUCUGCAAAGGGAAGGGAGAAGGCCUUCGCCACCUGUGCAUCCCACUUCACUGUUGUUUCCAUGGGCUAUGGAAUCUCCAUCUUUGUUUAUGUAAGGCCAUCUCAGAGUGACAUCAUGAGCAUGAACAAAGCAUUAGCCAUUUUCUCUGGCAUCUUGACACCUUUAUUGAACCCUUUCAUCUUUAGUCUAAGGAAUGAACAAAUGAAAGAGGUGUUAAAAGAUGUCCUAAAGAAGCUAACCUCCAGAAUAAAAGAUGACUAG